CUUGGCGCCUGCUCCUCUGACGCAGCCAACUUCGCGCAUUCAUCGUACACUCUUGCGAUAGCACGCGCAGUUUUCCCACCAUUCAUUAAAAAAAAAUCGCAUUACGAAUUCGAGGGCGGAAGAAAGAAUCACGCCACAUUGUCCAGUGCAAAAAUUGUGGAAAAACUGAAUCCUACUUGAGAGACAGACACCGGCAUUGCAAUUAUGUCCAAAACAGAAACCGCCGCCGUGGAGGCAACGGAGGAGAACUCGAAUGAGACAACUUCGGAUGCGGCCACCAGUUCAUCCGGCGAAAAGGAGGCCGAGUUCGACAACAAAAUCGAGGCGGAUCGCAGCAGGCGCUUCGAUUUCCUGCUAAAGCAAACGGAGAUCUUCACCCAUUUCAUGACCAACAGCGCUAAGAGUCCCACAAAGCCCAAGGGCAGGCCCAAAAAGAUUAAGGACAAGGAAAAGGAUGUGGCCGACCAUCGGCACCGCAAAACGGAGCAGGAGGAGGAUGAGGAGCUCCUCGCGGAGGACUCGGCCACCAAAGAGAUCUUCCGCUUUGAUGCCUCACCCGCCUACAUUAAAGGGGGUGAGAUGCGUGACUAUCAGGUCCGCGGUCUCAACUGGAUGAUUUCGCUGUACGAGAAUGGCAUUAACGGAAUUUUGGCCGAUGAAAUGGGUCUGGGCAAGACCCUUCAGACUAUUUCCCUCCUAGGCUACCUCAAGCAUUUCAAAAACCAAGCUGGCCCCCACAUCGUCAUCGUGCCCAAGUCUACGCUGCAGAAUUGGGUGAAUGAGUUCAAGAAAUGGUGUCCCUCGCUAAGAGCCGUCUGCCUGAUUGGCGACCAGGACACGCGCAACACCUUCAUUCGGGAUGUGCUCAUGCCGGGAGAGUGGGAUGUUUGCGUCACCUCCUACGAAAUGUGUAUCCGCGAAAAGUCUGUUUUCAAGAAGUUCAACUGGCGAUAUCUGGUCAUCGACGAGGCCCAUCGUAUUAAGAACGAGAAAUCAAAGCUGUCGGAGAUCCUUCGUGAGUUCAAGACCGCCAACCGCCUGCUUAUCACGGGUACUCCGCUGCAGAAUAAUCUCCACGAGCUGUGGGCUCUUCUCAAUUUCCUGCUGCCCGAUGUUUUCAACUCGUCGGAGGACUUUGACGAGUGGUUCAACACAAACACUUGCCUGGGUGACGAUGCGCUGAUCACGCGUUUGCACGCCGUUCUGAAGCCUUUCCUGCUGCGUCGACUCAAGGCUGAAGUGGAAAAGCGCCUGAAGCCCAAGAAGGAAAUGAAGAUAUUUGUUGGUCUGUCCAAGAUGCAACGCGACUGGUACACGAAGGUGCUGCUCAAAGACAUAGAUGUUGUGAAUGGCGCCGGCAAGGUGGAGAAGAUGCGCCUGCAGAACAUCCUUAUGCAGCUGCGCAAGUGCACCAACCACCCGUAUCUGUUCGAUGGCGCCGAGCCAGGACCACCGUACACCACGGACACCCAUUUGGUGUACAACUCCGGCAAGAUGGCCAUUCUGGACAAGCUGCUGCCCAAGUUACAGGAGCAGGGGUCGCGUGUGCUGAUAUUCUCGCAGAUGACGAGAAUGCUGGACAUCCUGGAGGAUUACUGCCAUUGGCGCAACUACAACUACUGUCGGCUGGACGGCCAAACGCCACACGAAGACCGUAACCGGCAGAUCCAGGAGUUCAACAUGGACAACAGCGCCAAGUUCCUCUUCAUGUUGUCCACUCGAGCAGGCGGUUUGGGUAUCAACUUGGCCACCGCUGAUGUGGUCAUCAUCUACGACUCGGACUGGAAUCCCCAAAUGGAUUUGCAGGCUAUGGAUCGUGCUCAUCGCAUUGGUCAAAAGAAGCAAGUACGAGUUUUCCGCCUGAUCACCGAAAGCACCGUGGAGGAGAAGAUCGUGGAGAGGGCCGAGGUGAAGCUGCGCCUCGACAAGAUGGUCAUUCAGGGCGGUCGAUUGGUCGACAACCGCUCUCAGUUGAACAAGGAUGAAAUGCUUAACAUUAUCCGUUUCGGAGCUAACCAAGUUUUCAGUUCGAAGGAGACCGACAUUACAGACGAGGACAUAGACGUGAUCCUGGAGCGUGGUGAGGCCAAGACGGCCGAACAGAAUGCAACGCUGGACAGUCUGGGCGAGAGUUCGCUGCGCACCUUCACAAUGGACACAAACGGCGAGGCAGGCACUUCCUCCGUCUACCAAUUCGAGGGCGAGGACUGGCGCGAGAAGCAGAAACUCAAUGCCCUGGGUAACUGGAUAGAACCGCCGAAGCGUGAGCGCAAGGCCAACUAUGCCGUAGAUGCCUAUUUUCGAGAGGCGCUUCGCGUUUCCGAGCCCAAGGCGCCGAAGGCUCCCCGCCCACCCAAGCAGCCCAUCGUCCAGGACUUCCAGUUCUUCCCGCCCCGUCUUUUUGAGCUGCUCGACCAGGAGAUCUACUACUUCCGAAAGACCGUCGGCUACAAGGUGCCCAAGAACACGGAGUUGGGAUCGGAGGCAACCAAGGUACAGCGUGAGGAGCAACGCAAGAUCGAUGAAGCGGAGCCGCUCAGCGAGGAUGAGAUCCAGGAGAAGGAGAACCUGCUCUCGCAAGGCUUCACUGCCUGGACCAAGCGCGACUUCAAUCAGUUCAUCAAGGCCAACGAGAAGUACGGUCGGGAUGACAUCGACAACAUUGCAAAGGACGUGGAGGGCAAGACACCGGAGGAGGUUAUCGAGUACAAUGCUGUGUUCUGGGAGCGUUGCACUGAGUUGCAGGAUAUUGAGCGAAUUAUGGGACAGAUUGAGCGUGGAGAGGGCAAGAUUCAACGGCGACUUUCAAUUAAGAAGGCUUUGGACCAAAAGAUGUCGCGUUAUCGCGCUCCCUUCCAUCAGUUGCGCUUGCAAUAUGGCAAUAAUAAGGGCAAGAAUUACACAGAAAUCGAAGAUCGUUUUCUGGUUUGCAUGCUGCACAAGUUGGGCUUUGACAAGGAGAAUGUCUACGAGGAGCUGAGAGCGGCCAUAAGAGCUUCUCCCCAGUUCCGUUUCGACUGGUUCAUCAAGUCUCGAACAGCUCUGGAGCUGCAGCGUCGUUGCAACACAUUGAUCACUCUCAUCGAGCGUGAGAACAUCGAACUGGAGGAGAAGGAGCGCGCCGAGAAGAAGAAAAAGGCACCCAAGGGCAGCGGAUCCGCGGGCAGUGGAAGUGCCAGCUCCAAUACUCCAGCGCCCGCACCGCAACCGAAGGCCAAUCAAAAGCGGAAGAGCGAGGUGGUGGCCACCAGUUCCAACUCGAAGAAGAAGAAGAAGUAGAGAGGCAACCAUUGACAUGAGAUUCGGCUCCGCACUCAGCAUUAGGCAGUUAAAUAGUUAAGACAAGCGAUUACUUAAACAUAUUUCACUCGACAUAGAUACCUAGUUAAUAGUUCACAUCGGAAGCGUUUGGCCCCUAUCAUCCCUCAGAAUAACUUUCAAACACACACCCCCGCCUACACAUCCACUUAUCUUAUUAUUGCGUGCCGCUGUAUUCUAUU